AUGCUCGCAGCCGCUAAAUUGAUCGACUCGACGGAAAUGGACCCUGAUGUUUCAUGGCUCGAAGUUGUCGCAUACUCGGGUGUCAGCGCUGCCUUAUGCGCAACCAUCUGGGUCGCUGCAAAAGCAUGUUGA